AUGUCUGAAGUCAAUAAAGUACGUCCCCGCACCACCUUGGAUGAAAUGGAUGAGUCGGGAGAGCUCAAAAGAAAGAAAGCUGCUUGGUGUAAUUGGGUUGAGCCUGGCAGCGAAAGUUUCCCUCCUGAAAAAGACAGAUACCAUCUGUACAUCUCUUAUGCUUGCCCAUGGGCGCAUAGAUGUUUGAUAUUGCUCAAGAUGAAAGGCUUGGAGGACGCGAUCGGUGUCAGCGUGGUCCAUCCAACAUGGCAACGCACGAAACCAGAAGAGGACGAGCAUAUCGGGUGGAUGUUCAGAGAUCCUUCCGAUCCUCCAGUCUCGAACUUGAACGGUCACGGAUCUUUUCCGUGCACGUACUGCAUCCCGGACACUGUCAACAACGCGAAGAGCAUUCGUGAGCUGUACGAGAUCGCCGGAGACAAAGAAGGGAAGUACACGGUCCCAGUGCUCUGGGAUAAGAAGAAGAAAACGAUAGUCAGCAACGAAUCAUCAGACAUUAUCCUGAUGUUCAACUCAGCUUUCAACAGUAUCGCCAAAAAUCCUGAUCUCGACUUAUAUCCUGAAGACUUGAGGAAGGAGAUCGAUGAAGUUAACUCAUGGAUUUAUCCUCGUAUUAACGACGGAGUGUACCGAUGUGGCUUCGCUCAGAAACAGGAUGCUUACGAAAAGGCCUUCGACGCACUUUUUGAGUCGCUAGACAGGGUUGAGGAGAUUUUAAGCAAAAAGCGUUAUCUUGUGGGAGACAGAAUCACUGUUGCGGAUAUUCGUUUGUUUGUUACUCUGAUCCGCUUCGAUCCGGUUUAUGUGGUUUAUUUCAAGACAGAUCAAUCCCGCAUUGAUGACUAUCCCAAUAUGUUCAAUUACAUGAAAGAAAUCUACCAGAUGCCAGCAAUCAAACCGACGGUUAUCUUCCCACACAUCAAGACGCACUAUUUGUCCUCUCAUCCGAAGUUGAACUACUAUGGGAUCAUUCCCAAGGGACGAAAAGUGAAUUUGGAUACACCCCACAACAGAGAUAACAUGACAUCAACGUGA